UACACUGUACAACUUUUUAAUGACAUGACAAAGUGAAAUCAUUGUAAUCGUUUUGAUAAAUAUUUGAUUAUUUUGUAAAAAUGUCCUUCUUUGGGGUAGGAAAUCCCUUUUCUACGCCGGUAGGCCAAAAAAUCGAGCAAGCGACAGAUGGAAAUCUGCCGUCGGAAAACUGGGCCCUUAAUAUGGAAAUAUGUGAUAUUAUUAACAGUAGCACAGACGGACCUAAGGAUGCUGUAAAAGCCAUCAGAAAGAAAUUAACCCAAAGCGCUGGCAAAAACUAUACAGUUGUCAUGUACACACUGACUGUACUGGAAACCUGUGUCAAAAAUUGUGGAAAGCCACUCCAUGUCUUGGUGUGUCACAAAGAAUUUAUUUCUGAAUUGGUAAAAUUAAUUGGCCCUAAAAAUGAUCCCCCAACAGUAGUUCAGGAAAAGGUACUAAGCUUGAUCCAGUGCUGGGCUGAUGCAUUUCAAAAUCAACCUGAGCUACAGGGUGUUGUACAAAUAUAUAAUGAACUUCGAACCAAAGGUGUGGAGUUUCCAAUGACAGAUUUAGAUGCUAUGGCGCCAAUAUUUACCCCACAAAGGAGUGUCCCCGAUGGGAUAGAACCAGUGGUGGGAUCGCCACAAAGAACCGCCAUUUCACAGACGUCUCCAAGUCGACCGGCGCCUGAACAGAUCUCUGGCACGGUGACACUGUCCGAGAGUCAGAUCAGCAAGCUGCGCGCCGACUUGGCUGUGGUGGAAGGCAACAUGAGCGUGAUGAACGACAUGCUGAACGAGCUCACCACGCAGCCGCACACCAACCACCACCAGAGCGACAUUGAAUUGCUAAACGAGCUGGCGGACACAGUGCGCGCGAUGCAGUGCCGCGUGGCGGAGCUGGUGGCGCGGCUCGCGGGGGAGGCGCCGCUCACGGCCGACCUGCUGCACGCCAACGACGCCCUCAACAACCUGCUGCUGCGGCACGCGCGCUUCCUCAACAACAGGAAUGCUGCAACUGGUGGCGCCACGCCUUCCGCCAUUUUGGGUGCCGCUAUGGGAGUGCCCGGCUCUACUGAAUCACCAAAGAAGACAGAGGAUGAUGCACUUAUAGAUCUCAGCGAUGAUGUACCUGAUAUUGCCAAAUUGACUGUGAAGGACGCCCAACCGGGCAAAUCUCCAGGCAGUUCCAAAGAUGAGUUUGAUAUGUUUGCGCAAUCUCGGAAUGUCUCCUAUGAAACCUCCAAAACUGGUGGAAGCACUUACGCGGAUAAUUCAGAGGAACAAGCAACGGGCGGACUGGCGGCAUCCGCUAGCCUGCGCGCUACACAAGCGCAGCCGAUGCCGUCGGGUAUGGAUCAGAGAGAAAUAGAUGAGAUAGCCGCUUGGUUAGCGCAAGAGAAGGCUGCAACCGAAGCUAAUGGCGCUCAAGAGAGCGUGACCAGCAGCGAUUUCGAUAAAUUCUUGGCUGAGCGCGCCGCCGCCGCCGACAACUUGCCCGCCGCCACAGCCGCCACCGCCGCUACCACCGCCACCAAUGCCACCACCGCCACACCACAACCCACCCCUCGACACCGGCAGAUCAACAAGGAGGGCCAGGACUCCAUGUUCGCGCUCUGAUAUGUUUCACCACCUACGCCGGUAUAAACCCCAGACUUUUCUGCGAACGUCUAAACCAUUUCUAGUUGUUCCGUCAACUACAUUCUAGAGGGAACGAGACGGAACGACCCGAAAUUGACUUUUAUUUGUUCGCGGCAGAAACUGGUUUACACUAGAGUAAUACUUGCACUUAGUACGUUAUUGUACGUCGAUAAUCUUCGCUUUGAUUACGAUAGUGUUUUAUUCGUGAGUCACAACGACAGCGAUGUAUCUAAAUACAACAUACUGAUAAUUAGCGAUACUGCUUGAGCCAUUUUACAUCUUCUGCAGUACUGUGUAAUGUCUAUGAUUGAAUGAGAUAUACUAUCAUCGUGACUCAGUGAUAGCGCCUGUUUAUGACUAAUAUUGAUAAAAGUAUCAAUUUGUUAAUAAGUAAUAUACGGUUUACCUUUAGUCUGACUUGCAACUGUCUAGGGAUACAACGGAAAUUUUUAUAUACAUAUAAUUUAUUAUUAAUGUUAUAUACAUUAUUGUUAACUGUUGUAGUUUUAUUAAAGUUUGAGGCAAAGCGCUCUAUUCUAUCUGAGCUCAAAGAAUAAAAUACUAAGUGCUUGAAUAAAAUGCUAAUGUAAACCAGAUUAAAGUCGUUUUAAUUUCUAUAGAUAAAAUUGACAAUCGUCAACAUCGUGUCUGCCUCAAAAAGUCCGCAAGUAAUAUUAAUAAUAAAAUUUGAAAUGCACUUUCAUGGAUCAGAUAUAAGAAACAUAAUUAUGUUUUUUCAAGUAGACCUUAUGAAAAAUACUUGAAUGUAAUUUGAUCCAAGAAGAAUUAAUGAGAAACUCUGCUUUCAAUCUUUUCAAAUGACAUUUACAUUAUGAUAAAACAUGCAUAUUGCAGUUCAG